ACCAUGGGUGCCAUGUUCAGAAUCUAUUCAUUGGCAGCUUUGGCUGGCGUUGGAUUGGCCCAGCAAGCCAUCACAACCUCGGGUACAAAUUUCACUCUGAAUGGAGAUGGUGUAUCGUACUUAUUCCACGUUGACGACAAGACCGGCGACCUGAUCUCCGAUCACUUUGGCGGGCCUGUCGAUGAUUUCACCCCACCUGCAUUCGUUCUCCCCUGGGGCUGGAACGAUGGGUUGGCCAAUCUCCGUCGAGAGUUCCCAGACAUCGGCCGUAGCGAUUUCCGACUACCAGCAAUCCACAUCAAGCACGCCGACGGCGAUACCGUAACAGCUUUUCGGUAUAAGUCCCACGAGGUUGUCGAAGGUAAACCUGCGCUUCCAGGAUUACCAGCAACAUUUGGGGAUGCUGGGAACGUCUCUACUAUCAUUGUGAAUCUGCACGACAAUGUAUCCGAUGUUUCGGCUGCAUUGUCGUACUCGAUUUUCCCGAAGUACAAUGCUGUCGCACGCAGCUUUCAGAUCACGAACAAUGGUACCGGCGAGAUCUCCAUUGAGAAAGCAGCAAGCUUUAGUGUGGAUCUUCCGGCGCUCGAUCUUGAUAUGAUUGAAGUUCAUGGAGAUUGGGCGCAUGAGUUCCACAGAGUCAAGAGGCACAUUGAGUUCGGAGAGACAACUUUCCGAAGCUCGAAUGGUUUUUCGGGACAUCUCCACAAUCCUUUCUUCGCAUUGGUCACGCCAACGACGACUGAAGGCUCUGGAGAGGCAUGGGGCUUCAACCUUGUCUACACCGGUAGUUUCGAAGCUACGACAGAGAAGUUCUCAAACGGUUUUUUGAGGGUCCUACUUGGAUUGAAUUCGCUACACGCUAGCUUGCCUCUGCAGCCGGGUGAGAAAUUCGUUUCUCCAGAAGCUGUGGCCGUAUACUCUGCCAAUGGUGUUGGUGGAAUGUCGCAAUCUUUCCACGACCUAUACCGAAACCAUUUGUCGCGUUCCAAUUACACGCACGAAUAUCGACCGGUUCUUCUGAACUCUUGGGAAGGCCUCAGCUUCAACAUCAAUGAGACCGCCCUCGUUAAGCUUUCUGGCGAAGCAGAGGAGCUUGGCAUUGAACUGUUCGUCAAUGAUGAUGGUUGGUUUGGUGUUGAAUAUCCACGAAACAAUGACUCUCUUGGUCUUGGUGACUGGACUCCAAACCCUGCAAAGUUUCCCAAUGGUCUCAAACCAUAUGUGGAUCGAGUCAAUAACUACACCAUCGCCAAUACGUCGCAACUCGCGGGUGAGCCUUUGAGGUUUGGUUUGUGGGUUGAACCAGAGAUGGUCAAUGUUAACUCGACCUUGUACAACGAGCACCCCGACUGGGUCUUGCACGCUGGCAAACACGCCAGAAGUCUGACUCGAAACCAGCUUAUACUCAAUCUCAGCAUGCCUGUGGUUCAAGACUUCAUCAUCGACACUGUUUCUGGGAUCCUUGAUUCAGCCAAUAUCCAAUACAUCAAAUGGGACAACAACCGUGGCAUUCACGAGACAUCCCACCCAUCCGAUGAUUACAACUACAUGCUCGGUAUCUACCGCGUCAUCGACAAUCUCACCACCCGAUACCCUGACGUCCUUUGGGAAGGUUGCGCAUCCGGAGGCGCCCGCUUCGAUGCCGGCUUGCUCCACUACUGGCCGCAACACUGGACAUCCGACAACACAGACGCAGCAGAGCGUCUCACAAUCCAGCUCGGCACAUCUCUCGUCUACCCGCCCUCUGCCAUGGGCUGCCACGUCUCCGCCGUGCCCAACGGCAUCACCGGCCGCAACAUCUCGAUCGAAUACCGGGCGCACGUAGCCCUGAUGUGCGGUUCCUUCGGCUUCGAACUCAACCCCGAAGAACUCAGCGCAGAAGAGCGCGACGCAAUCCCAUCCAUAAUGCAGGAAGCCAAGCGUAUCAAUCCGAUCGUCAUCAGCGGCGACUUCUACCGCUUGGCCAUCCCCGACGAGACAAAUUGGCCGGCCGUGCAGUUUAUUUCGAAGGAUGCGUCCGAGGCGUUCGUGCUUGCGUUCCAGCAGAAGUCGACGAUCAAGCCUGCGCCGCCGCCGUUGAGGUUGAGGGGCUUGGAUCCGAAGGCGAGGUACUUUAAUGAUUAUGAUAAUGGGACGUACAGUGGUGCGACUUACAUGAAUGGUGGGAUCAAUAUCAUGUUCGAGAGGAAGGAUUAUGUGAGUCAUUUGAUAUGGCUUGAGAAGCAGUAAAAGGGAUCUCUAUGUAGGAUUGGGCAUCGAGGUAUUCUUGCUUAUACUGACCCAGCGGACGAAUCUUGACAGGAGCUGAUGUAGUCAAUGACAUGAUGGAAAGGAAUCACGACAUACAAUCUAUAUGUCAUCGUGUAAAAGUCUGUCUAUACUAUAAUUUUAG